AUGGUUUUGGACAGUCAGACAGCUCCAUUAGAGUCCUGUUUUUGUUACAGUGAUUACAAUGAAGCAGUCCCUCCAACUAAAAUUGAAGUUGACAAUUUACAUUCCGACAUGGAGUGUGAUGAUGUAGAUGUAGACGUUAGCUCUGAACAGGAUGAAACCUGUAAAUUUAAAAGAGGCCCAUACAGAUACUACUCCGAAGCAGAGAAGCAACGAUUCUGGCAACUAGUUAUCGAGCAAGGGUCUUCUGCAUACAGAGCUGCACAAGCACUCAAUAUCAGUUUACAAACAGCUUAUAAUGGGAAAAAAAACUGGAAUCGCCUUAUUGCUGACAUAGCUAAUGGUAUUCAUAAAGAGACAAAGAAGCGUGGCCGCAAACCUCUUCUUAUCCAAGAACACAAAUUCUUUUUGAAGGAUUUGGUUCUUUCGGACCCCACUGUUACUGUAGACUUCUUGUUGGAUAGACUAAGGAGUACAUUUGAGGGUGUGAAGGCAAGUGUUUCUACUAUUUAUAACUUUCUCACCAAGGUAUGCAAGUUUAGUCUCAAGAGACUUUCCAAAUGGGCCAUGAGACGGGAUCUGCCAGAAUUAAAACAACAGAGACUCGAGUGGGCACUUGAGAAUAAGGGUAAAAUUGACCUUGAAAAGAAUUGUGUUUUCAUCGACGAGGCUGGUUUCAACAUUAGUGCGACUCCAAGCCGAGCUGAUCAUUUCUACUCAUUUGUAAAGUCUGUGCUUAGAGAAAUUGAAACAAACGAGGAACUUAAGGAAAUGAAGUAUUUGGUACUCGAUAACGCAGCCACCCAUAAGCGUCGUGAUCUCGACUUAUUGGUGGCUCUGAGUGGAAUGGAACUAGCAUUUUUGCCAGCUUAUUUGCCGGCUCUAAAUGCAAUUGAAGAGUUUUGGUCGGUGUGUAAGGCCAAAAUUAAGCGAUCAAACUUAACUAGAAAAGAACAAUUAACUCCAAGGGUAAGAGAAGCAACAGCAAAGAUAACUUUAGAAAGCUAUCAAAGUUUCUGUAAGCAUGCCAGUAGCUUUAUACCAUACUGUUUAGAAAAGAGGUCUUUCUAA